UUCGGGGGCGCCUCAACGAUGGAGAGCGUUUCUUGAGUUCUUCCUGCUUAAACCCUGAGCUUCAUCAGUUCUAAGCUGUCUCUCCUCCAUCGCCAUGGGUUUCUUCGAUCUCAAUCUUCCUUACGAUGAGCACUCGUCUUCAUCUUCAAUUAGGGUUAAUCGCAUCAAGAUUGUGGCCAAACUGAUGGAGCUCGGCUACUCCGGAAUCGCCUACAACCGUACGAUCAAAGGGGUGAUGUCUGAUAAGGACCGUUGUACUAUUCCUCUCCUUAAUGUUUCAUCACUUCAAAGUAUCCUUCCAACCUUCUCUGCCUCGUUGGAGUUCCACCGCAAUCUUCUCGGCGUCCCGCGGUCCUCUCCUUUCCGUCAGUACACGCGUCUUACUAUUUGUAUCAAUAGUUUGCAGGAGAUUCUGGCAGUCAAUUCUGGCAACCUCAUUCUGAAGACCUACGAUUUGAUUGCUGUGAAGCCUCUUAAUCAGAAUGCUUUUGAGCAGGCUUGUGAGAAAUUGGAGAUAGACAUUAUUGCAAUUGAUUUUGCGGAGAAACUGCCUUUCAGGUUGAAGCAAGGUCACAUAAAAUCUGCAAUUCAGCGUGGAGUUUACUUUGAAAUUAUGUACUCUGAUCUUCUUUCAGACGUUCAUGCAAGGAGGCAAAUGAUAUCCACUACUAAGGUCUUGGUGGAUUGGACAAAAGGAAAGAAUCUCAUAUUAUCUAGUGCUGCCUCUUCUGUAAAUGAAAUUAGAGGACCUUUUGAUGUUGCAAACUUGUCAUCCUUGCUUGGUGUCUCUAUGGAGCGAGCAAAAGCUGCUGUUUCAAAAAAUUGUCGCAAUCUUAUAGCUAAUGCUUUAAAGAGAAAGCAGUUCUACAAGGAGACGAUUCGAGUUGAAAGGAUAUCAUCAGAUGAUAAGUUAGAUCCGAAUGACCCUUGGUCAGUGGAUUUGUUCAAAUGGGAUCCUGUGUCAAGUGGCGAAGGUGAUUUGCUAUUGGAUGAUAUAGCACAAUCUUUUGCUGCCUCUAAUAAAUCAAAAACUGUGAAAGCCAUUGAUUUCACUUCAGUCAUUGACAACACGCCUCCACAAGGUUUUCUAGUCAAGAAUGUAAUAUCAGGCUAUGAGGCAAAAGUGUCGUUGAAUGAUAACAGAGGCUCGUCGCAUGUUGUUGAUGCCAUUGAGCCACCAAUUGCAGUAAAUGGAGUAAUUCAACUGUCCUGUCCUCUUGAUUUCACUUCAGUCAUUGACAACAUGCCUCCACAAGGUUUUCUAGUCAAGAAUGUAACAUCAGGCUCUGAGGAAAAAGUGUCGUUGAAUGAUAACAGAGGCUCAUCGCAUGUUGUUGAUGCCAAUGAGCCACCAAUUGCAGCAAAUGGAGUAAUUCAACAGUCCUGUCCUCUUGAUGGUAAACAUUGUUCUACAUCCAAUCGUCAAUGCUCUGGUGAUGCAGGAAAAGUUCGAAGUAAUUCUGACGAAGACAAAUGCACUGUUGAAGAAAUUGUGCAGCCCAAGGCCUCAAUGCAGGAAAAACCUAUUGGAAUGGACAUUGAUAAUGUGCAACCACAAAACCCUCUACCCAGUAGCGAGUUAAAUGUAGCAUCCACAAAUGUGUUUGUGCAUUAUCCUACAUCUACCAGAGAUGUAUUAGAUGUUAUUUCAAUAAAUGAUGGAAAAGAAGCUUUUACAAUGUCAGAGGAUGUUGCUUCUCACCGGCAUGAGUAUUGCUUAAAAAGUUCUGAUACAUUGUCUGGUUUAGAAAGUGUGUUGAGGGACAAAAGUUCAACUAAUUUGGUUUCAGAAAAUCCAAAGAAUAUGACUACGGUAGUAGAUGGUUCAUUUACAGCUGAAGAAUGUUUAGUUGGUGCAAGACUUGGGGAGCCUAUGGAUGUAGCAGCAGUCGAGGAUCGGGUUUCUCCUCUUAGUUCUUGUAUGAUUGAUAUAAAAGAUGAUUAUUUGAUCUCAAUUCGGCAACAAACAUCCGAGGUGUUAAUGGAAGAGCAAAAAAGUGGAGAAGCUGACCCUCAGAUCAAACCUCCACCUCUAGAUCAAUCUAUAUCUGGCGUAAUGUCAACAGGGACAUGUCGUGCAAAACGAAAGAGACAUCAACAUCAUCCAGCAUUAAAGCUUCUGCGGUUAACCAAUCCUAAGGUUUUCAAGCGAGUUCAGGAAACAUAUUCAGAGAAAUACCGAUCAAAACGGAGGAGACAUCGACCAGCGCUAUUGCUUCCAUUCAAGCGCUUAAUCAAUCCUCUGUUCUUCAAGAAGGUGAAGAAGUUAGUUUGAGCUCAUUACAGAGUCCAAACCAAAUGGCCCACCGGGAUCCAACUGUGUGGCUUGAAACUUCAUGAACCUUCCUCACUGCUUGUGAAGCCGAACGGAGGCAUCAUAGAACUUCAUUGGUGGAAAUGGAAUCAUACAUUGAUGAUAAACCUCUCACCUGAAAAUCACGGGCGGGAAGGGAUAGCUUGUGUAGGACGUUAUCGGAGGAGAGCGACGGCGACGGCGACG